AUGGAAGGGCCGCGGGCCGUCGCGCUUCCUGUCUGCUCGAAAGUUUGGUGGACUCUAUGGUCGUCUACACCGCUUCCUGAUCUCCGUAUAAUUUCCGAUUCUUCUUCGAUACCUCGAAGGAACCCACAGGUAAGACUGCUGGACGUUUGCCAAGGAAAUUACCUGCAUUUGCCAUCCGCCGAUGGUAGAUCGGAGAGGCCAGAUCGAGGACUCACCUUGUGGCUGGUGUUUGAGCAUGUGGAAAGAGAUCUCGCGUCCUACAUGUCCUCGUGUCCACGACCUGGUAUUCCGUCGCAGCUGGUGAAGCGGAUGUCGAAGGAGAUACUGAAGGGUGUCGAAUUUUUACACAGUCACAGAAUCAUACACAGAGACUUGAAGCCUCAGAAUCUCCUCGUGUCGAAAGAAGGGAGAAUAAAGAUCGCUGAUUUCGGACUGGCGAAGACGUACGAUUUCGAAAUGCGAUUGACUUCCGUGGUCGUGACACAGUGGUAUCGAGCCCCUGAGGUACUUCUGGGAUGUUCUUAUGCGACUCCUGUUGACAUCUGGUCUGUGGGGUGCAUACUAGCAGAAUUGAGUCGACUCGAACCCCUAUUUCCUGGGACGAGCGAAGGUGAUCAACUCGAUAGGAUUUUUCAAGUAAUAGGAACCCCAUCGCAAGAAGAAUGGCCCGAGAACGUGUCCUUAAGUUGGACAGCUUUCGCCUGCAGGCCACCAAAACCAUUAGCGGCAAUAAUACCUGAUCUCAACGAAGAUGGACUAGAUUUAAUUAAGAAUUUGCUUAUGUUCGACCCUCAUAGUCGAUUGACUGCGGCUCAAGCUCUAAGACACCGGUACUUUACCGAAGACGACUCGUGAUGACUAUUUUUUCAUUGCGAUAAAUAUUUUGUAGCUGUUUAUUCGUUUCUUAAACGCAGACUGACGUUACUGUAUCAAAUGAUAGUAAUCUUAUUUACGUGUAAGAACGUUGCAGUACUUCUUUUCUUUUAGUUUUUAUUAUACAUAUAUUUUUUUUUUAACAGUAUAGUCUACCGCGAUUAUAAUACGAUACGGAUCUUUGUAAGUAGGUAGAGCUUAUGAAUAUUCUCAUUUAGAAAUUAUAAUUGCAAAGCACGUUUAUCACAUCGUAUGAAACUAUCAUCAUAUUUAAUUCACAUUGCCAUCACGUAACUCUGAGCAUCGUCGUAAUUUAAUCAUAUGUAGAUGUUAUAUCAGAGCAAACAAUAAUCUUUUCGUUCUAUUCCGACCAUCGUAUCAUUUCCAUCGUUAGUGUAUUUAAUGGUAACUUUAUUUAUUUAGUUAACAACUAGUAUUUCGAUUCUCUUUUGUCUCUACAGUACCGAUAAUCGUAUUAAGUCGACUUUUCUUCAUUUUCAUUAUCGUUUACGUUGUGGUAUUUUCCCAACCGUACGAGAUACAACAUUCAUCGACGCACACCAAAAAAUUAUGUUAUUCAAUAAUCAAAUAGGUGUGCUUUCAUAAAGCGCAACGAUGUUCAUAUCACAUGCCUUAAUUUUCAGUAUAGUUAAA